AUGGCGGUCGAAAUUACAGAGCCAACGGCAGACUUCAAUAUAGAAGUUGGGGAGGAGUCAGCCCCACACGAACCUAGCACAUUGUUUCCUAAGAUUGGGGGUAACAUGAAUGAAUUCGUUCAGAAUUAUCACUUUCACACCAAACAUAUCAGUACAGUUGGACACAAUGCACUCAUAGACACGAAAGCCAACACUAUAGUGCCACUCAUUGGCACCGUUAAACUCCACGGAACACAUGCCGAUCUUGUAGUUUACUCCAACGACAAAAUUCUCAUACAAAGUCGAAACCUACAAGAACUCACGGCUGAACACGAUAAUCUUGACACGUACAAAAUGUUAGCACCUCUCCGUCCUGAAAUCCUGAAAUUGCGCGAUCGCUAUCACGCGCGAUUCAAAGAGUUGAAUCCAACCACGCCGAUUGAAGAUUCUCAUCCGACGAUCAUUGCAGGCGAAUGGGUUGGUCCAAAAAUUCAAAAACGCGUCGCACUAGCUCAAUUGGAAAAAAGAGUUUUCGUGAUACUGUGUGUCUCGAUAAACAACAAGUGGCUAUCGGAUAUGCCAUAUCAAGAUAUCCACGACGAGGAAAACGGAUUCUAUAAUGUCUCAAAGGGCGGCUUCUAUCACAACUACAUCGACAUUAACGACCAUGAAGGUUCCAAGAAGAGACUUCAAAUACCCACACUGGAGGUUGAGAAGGAGUGCCCGUUCACGAAAACCUUCAACAUAUCCGGAAUGGGCGAGGGAAUCGUCUGGAAAACCUACCAUCCCCUUGGCGCUGACGCAAAAUUCUGGAUCAAAACCAAGGGUCAUCUUCAUCGCGUCACAGACCACGAUAAAAUCACAGAACAUGAUGCGAAGCAAUCGCAAAAAGAGAAAGUGGGAUCGUUUGUAGAAGCAACAGUUACGGAAAAUAGAUUGGUGCAAGGAUGGGAUUACAUGGCGGAAAUGGGUCAUGUGAGAGAUAAGAUGGGAGUACAAGUGUUUAUUGGUUGGGUUUAUGGGGAUAUCAUGGAGGAGGAGAGAAGUCUUCUUGCGGAAAUGGAGUUAGUUGAGUUUGAUGUGAGGAAUAGAAUUGGGGGUGCAGCGGCGAGGUGGUACCUGGAGAAAUUGAAGACUUGGAAUGCUGGUGAAGAGGAGGGUUUAUGA